AUGUUGACUGGCUCUGGUCAACGUGGCGGCAUCAUGUCCGAGAUCUUCGGAUCGAGCGAUUGUUCCGACAAAUCUCCGCCUUACGCAAGUCCAUCCAACGAUAGGACGCGUGAGGAUGGUGGUGAUGCACGUAUGCAUCAUCACGAGCGAAGUAACUCGAGGGAUCGGGGUAUCACUGGUGUCAGCGCUCACAAUGGCACCAAUCAAGAGGCCAAGAACCGAAAUGUCCUGCUCCACGCUCCUCAAGUGGAUUCUCCAUGGAUGCCGUCAUCCAGAAAGUUGGACCGGUUGGCCGGCAUGACUACCGAAAGGGAUCGAAUCCCAUUGUUCGAUUGUAGGAAGAUUGGUCCACCUGAUUCCAGCACGGAAACUGUCCGUGCUGAGGAAGAGUUCUUUACCGAUGCAUUUUUAAAACAUCGGUGGUACAAUGACAGCCGUGUUAGAGACGGCAAAGCCUUGGUGCAAGGAUGGAAUGCCCUCAUCCAUAACAUCGAGUGCAUUGGCCGUGAGGCAUGGCUCGGUAAACUUAAUGCAGCUCGCAUCGGGUUUGAAGAGCGUAACCCAGUCAGAGUGCAAUACAAGUUGCACCGGCUUCCAAAAGAGGCAGGAAUACCCUGUCUCUCGUAG